AUGAUCUGUGAGGAAUGGGCCAAGAUGGAUGAUGGAUUCUUAGCACAGCUUUAUGCAGGACGCGCAGUGUGCCACUCAAGUGCACUCACUGUAAAGACCUACCCAGGAAUGAGUGUUGUUCUUGGAGUGUAUCAAUCUGAGCACAUGCACAUGAUUGGGCAAGAAAACGCGUGCUUCACGUGUCUUCCAGAUGCGGCACACACAGAAAUUGAGAGGUUGCUUCAUUCUGGGAUGGAGGUCAAAGAAGUGCUCAAUACCAUUCACAGAAAGGAGGCAUAUAAAGAAUCAACCAAUCUAAAUAUGUCCUCACCAUCUGAAGAAGCUGUUAAUCGAAAGCAAUUGACCACAUUUCGUGAUGUUUACAGGAUCCAGAAGUCCAUCGAGGAGGAGACCAUUCACUUGGCGGGUGGAGAUGGACCCUCUGUGGUGGCAUGGGCUGAAAAGCUAAAGGCUGAGGGGCAUUUUUGGGGUCAUGGAAUGCCUGCUGCUUGGAUGAUUUCUUCCAACGCACAGGAAGAGACAAUUGAGUUUUUUCUGAAGAUGGUUCGACAUCAGAACUCACAUGUUGUACCAAAAAUAUUCAUGUCUGAUAAGGAUCGAGGUCAGAUGAACACAAUUCAGGGGCAAUACCCCAAGUCGCACCUUCUCCUUUGUUGGUGGCAUGUUUUGCAUGCAUGGCACCAGCAUUUCGUGAUGACACAUUACCCUGAUUUAUGGGCGCUACUAAAGAAAUGGCCGCGUAUGACUACACAAGAAGAAUUUGACGAUUGCUGGGUGAAAAUCCAAAAGCUCGCACCAGAAAGUCUCACUGGAUAUCUCCGCACUAAUUGGCUCAAUGAGACUAGGUUGUGGUCUGCAGUAUUCAGACAAGACCAAACUAUUUUUGAGAUUUGCGAGACAAAUAUGCUUGUUGAAGUGGCAAGACACCAUCAUCAACACCUUGGGUUUGAAGGACCUGACCUUGAACUUCGAAGGCGCAUUGAGAUUGCCAAGCAUGCAAAGACGAUUCAAAAAUCUGAUAUCAGCACAGCUGAAGACCCCUCAGCAUUUCGUGUGAAAUCACAAUCAAUUCAGAAUUUUGCUUAUGACGUUGAUCUUGUCUCAUACCGCUGCAACUGCCUCUCAUUCCCAUUGGUCAACUUCUGUAAGCACAUUAGUGCUGUGCAGCUUCACUUCCCCAAAACCAUCACCUUCGUUUCAGCGACAUCACUUUCUGGCUAUGCUCAACAUGUCGACGAGGACAGCGAUGAGGAGAUCAUCAGCGACAAACAGUUCAAAAACGACAACAACUCCAAUGAGAUUGGCCAAAUCGCCUCAAAGCUUCAAGAACUUGCAAAUCAGCUUCUCUUUAACCCCCCUGCAGAGAUAUCUGAUGAACUACGGGACCUUGGAGAACACCUCAACAAUGUCAAUGAUUCUCUUGGUCCCUCAAAGUCUCUACUACCACAGAAGAAGUGGGUGGCACCAAACCAACACUCCUGGACAGAGACCGCAUCAAUAAUGGGGGCCAAAGUCAAAGGGAAACGUGGGGGGAACCAUCAGGGAAAAAAGCGAGACCAGAUGCUUGACAGCCGCUUAUUAGUGAUGGUCAUGGGUAACCCCAGGGUCAUUUCGCGUUGA